GAGAAAAUCGCCGAGGAGACCAUCGGCAAGCGCGUCACCGCACGGCCCACGGAAAACGCGGAGCCAGUGCCAGGUGUUGUGCGCUUCGUCGGGGCAACAAAAUUUGCCGAUGGCAUCUGGAUGGGCAUAGAGCUGGAUGAGCCCAAGGGCAAGAACGAUGGCACCGCGUCCCGGCUCACAGGGAAUCUUCGCGUGCAUGGGAACUCGAAAGUCAUUUUGAGGGUCAGUGCGGGGCGAAGAGCGUGA